AUGAACUGCCAAGUGUGUACUGGUGGUAUGGAUCUUUUUGCAAGAUACGACUGCGGGCAUCGGAUAUGCAUGACUUGUUCUGCAAGGCUUGUGUUUCUGUAUAUGCAGUGCAGCUGCCCGCUGUGUAGAAAUCCUGCGAAAGAAAUAAUCUUCUCAGCGCUUUCAAUGCCGAGCGAAGGGUUCCCCAGGCAGAUGUGGAAAGGCCAAAGAGCCCCAUUGGUCGUCUUCUAUGAGGGGGAGUAUGUGAAGAAGAUGAUGGAGGACCUCUUAUCUAACAAAUGCCGGGAAUGCCACAGGAAGUUUGGGACUCUGAAGGAGCUCAAGAAACAUUAUGCAUACCAUGGAUUUGUCCUCUGCUCAGAGUGCAUCAAGAGCAGAAGGGAUUUCUGGCAUGAGAUCAAGCUCUACAAAAGCGACACUAUUAGGAGCCACAGGAGCGGGAGUCUUGGAGAAGAAGGGUUUGAUGGCCAUGUAUUCUGUGUUCACUGCAAGAUCUAUCUGUUUGAUUCCGACGAUGCUCGGAAGCAUUGCAAUCUCAAGCACGAGCUAUGCAAUAUUUGCGAUAUACUAGGAACGAAGUAUCAGUAUUAUAAUAGCUUCAAAGAUCUGGAAGCACAUUACAAGAACGCCCACUAUUGCUGUAGCUUCCAAACCUGCCAGAUGAACAAGUGCUAUGUAUUUCCAUACCAAACAGAGCUCUUCGAUCAUUUAAACAGGUUCCACAAGGCAUGCGUCAAGCUAUCUGAGAUCCCAAGAGCCGGGAGAUGCAGCAUUCCUGUGAUGGAUCCGCUGAGGAAGAGGAGGACAGCGGCUAGAGCAAGUGUUGUGGAUCAAAGCGGAGGAGAGAUCAGGCUUUCUUCGUUUCCCAAGGCAAACACUUCCCAAGGCAUGGUCUCAGAAAGCGUGGAGACCGAACUCCCGAAAUACUUGGAUAGGAACAUCCUGGAGGAGGAGAGAAAGAGGCAGAGCAGACGCAAGGCCAUUAUGGAACGCAUAUGCAAGGCCGAAGCAGACGGGGUGGAGGAAAUUGUGAACGAGUUUCUAGAAGACAUCAUAGAUGUGAUGGCGGCAUUUAACAAGAUAGCGGAUGUAGUUGGAGACAAGGUGGCCCUCAAGCUAUUUGAGACAAUGAACUUUGGAGGCAAGCAGGGUGUGGUGCAAGGCAGCAUAAAGGCUCUAAGAAAGAAGGUUAUGUUCCCGAAGUUCGUUCCAUCUGAGCCUGUGGAAUAUAAGGAGCCCAAGGAGAAAAAGAGCCCAGGAUUUGCAAUUAUAGAUUUAUGUAAGAAGAAAUAA